AGUCAAUCAUCACUUCUAUAGACGACAACAUAACUCCUCGAUUGGCGACUCAUUACACAAAUCAACACUUGUUUACCACUUAUUGAUAUAAUUAAACACAAAUAUCAUACUAACAGUAAUAAUAACACAAUAGUUGUCAUAUUAAAGUGGUAUUCAUCGAUGAAUUAGUGAAUAAUAGCGAGCAAUGGGUGACUGUGGAGAGGAUUUGCCCACAAUUGUGGUGACGGGAUUUGGUUUAUUCCGCAAUUAUAAGUCCAACCCUUCGUGGGAUUGUGUCCAACGAUUGCGAUUAAAAGGCGUUAAUCUUAGAGUAGAAGAAAUACCCGUCGCUUACGAUGAGGUCGACAAACGAGUGGCUCUAAUCUGGAGCCGAUAUAAGCCUUUUCUGGUGAUCCAUUGCGGAGUGUCCUGUUUGGCGAAAUGUAUCACUUUGGAGACCCGAGCCCUUCGCCACCACACGCUGUACGACAAGCCAGACAUCUACGGCCGACUGCCCGACGGCACACAAACCGCUGCAACAAAUCAACUCAAUUGUUACCAAUCGCUGGAACCAAACGACUUAUCCGAUUGCAUCGAAAGUGGGAUCAAUUUGAAAGAAGUUUGUCAUCGAGUGAACCAACACUUCCACAACGGAUUCAUUCCAAUGCCUGCCGUCCUCUCGUCAAACGCCGGA